AUGUUUUCGUUAAAAACAUGUUUUUGCGUUCUACAUUUUGUGUUGUUGUGGGUAUCAACUUUAGCUAGUGAAAAAGGAACUUCAUUUCAAUUACAGGAACAUAAUUUACCAAUGCCAGUUGAUGUUAUUAAUGUAAAAUCUACUGAUAACUCGGAUAAACACAAAAAAUGGACUGGUAGAUAUUUACCUGACCGUUCACAUGAAGAAAAUUAUGGUAGUAUCUCGAGAAUUGUUACUGAAAAUGAAGAUUUUGCUGUGAUAGAGCCUAUGCAUAUUGUGCCGGAACAAAAGAAAAGCAUGGUAACAAUGGGAUCAAUGGAUAUCAAUUCUACAUGUGAUGAUGGAAAGACAAAUUUGACAAGAGAUUGGGAUGGAUCAUUUUAUAAUUAUACUUGUAUGUUGAGUGAUACUUUACCAAUAUCAGAUAUUCAACCAUUAUUGGAUAGAGAUCUAGUGCCUAAAUAUUAUGUGGCUAAUCAUGUGUGCAUGAAAGAAUCAAUAUCUUACAAUCAUGAUAUUCCCUCAUUUGGUUCACAUCGUCCUGCUUGGGCCAGAUAUGGCGAAUAUAAAUUUUUGCCAAAACAAAGAUGGUUACACAAUUUAGAGCAUGGAUCAGUAGUAAUGUUAUAUCACCCAUGCACUCAUCCAGUUUUAGUCCAACGUAUGCGAGCAGUUUUGAAGUCAUGUCUUUUCAGACAUAUUAUUACUCCGUAUAAUUUGGUGCCUGAAGAUAGGCCAAUUGUCCUUGUCACUUGGGGUAACAGACUGUACAUGAAUGAUGUUGAUACCAAACUAGCAAUAGAUUAUAUAAAGAAGUAUGCAAAUCAUGCUAAGGAAACCACAGCCAGGGAUGGACAAUACGAUCAUUUAUUGAUUGAACCGGCAGAAUUAAUUUCACCAGAUGAUAUAAAUAUUUGCCCUACCCCACACAAACGCAAAAAUAGAAUAUAA